AUGCACCCCUCUAUUGCUUUACAGGCUGCGGAACGCGAAAUCGAGGAAGAGGAGGGGCGUGUUCCGCGCGAGUUUCCGACCCUACCACCACCAUUCUUGCAUUUCGCGCCUCGUUGGCACCAGAAACGACGAACAAUGACAGGAGUGCUGGCUGGAUACUUUGACCAGCCGCCGCGCAACGCGCCACUCCCCAUCCUUCCCGGAGCACAUGCCCUGUUGACGAGGACGGCAGCGCCCGCUGUCUCUGAAGAAGAUUUAGUGCUACUGGAGAAAGAGAGGCGGAGACUAGAGGCGCUCGAACUCAAGCGUGCGCGCCCAGGGGGCGGCAAGCCGAAGAGGCUCGACUUUGAUUCAGUGGAUGACGUCGUUGUAGGAGACGUCAAGCGCAUACAUGAUCGCUCAUCAAUACGUUCAGACUCUCCUUCGACAGAUACACGUCUUCCAUCUGUCGAUUCCACUCCCCCCCUCACCCCCGCAACCACGCCGUCAAUUUUGUCCGGUCAGGACGAUGUCAGAGUGCAUGUAGAGAAGAAGCAGACAGGAUUGUCAAAGGGUGGUCGUCCCAGUAACACAAAACCGAGCACAAACAAGUCAAGCACUGUAGCUGCUACGUCGGCCAAGGACGCGUCGGAUAAUCGUCGCGGACGUAAGAGGAAGCACUCAGAAACGGAGAAACCUAUGCAGCGUCCACGGGAGGUCAGAGAUACGUCGGAAGGUGCUCGUCAGCGACGAAAGUCGCGCCCUGGUUGGAAAGGCUGGGUGGAGGUGGAAGGUUCACCAGAGCCAAAGCCCAAUCUUAUUAACCUCGAUGUCCCUGUUGAAACUCUGGAGAAUAGGACACGCUCGGGCAGAGUGCCAUCGAAUCUCCCACCAGUAGCUCCCCGCAGAUCCAAGGCAUCCACAAAAAAUUCCGUUCGGACGGAUUCGGAAACAUUGGCACCCUCUUCGACCGCCACUCCGGCUCCUGCAGAUUCUGCGCCCCUAGGUGAUUUGACUAGCAAUCCACCCAGGGUCGCGGACACAGCAGAAGUCUGA